UCCGUGCAAGUUCAACUUGUGGUCAAAACGGCCCAGAUUAUUAUUGUAAAUUAGUAGAGCAUGUAUUCCUUCGCCAACCUCAAUGUGACAUUUGUGACGCUAAUAAUCACCACAAAAAUCACCCAAUUGAUUAUGCCAUUGAUGGAACUAAGAGAUGGUGGCAAAGUCCAACAUUGUCAAAUGGGUUGAAUUAUGAGCGAAUAUAUCAAGUAGCCUAUAUCAUCGUAAAAUCUGCAAUUUCCCCACGCCCCGGCAAUUGGGUGUUGGAAAAAUCUUUAGGCAAGAAUUUUAUUUUAUUUGAAGCUUUUUAAAUACUUUUCUUUAAAGACGGAACAAAUUUCCAACCUUGGCAAUUUUUUGCCGCCUCAGAUUCUGACUGUAUGCGACUGUUUGGAAUGCCAGCAUCUACGGGUGUGCCAAGAUUUGAAAGGGAUGAUCAAGUUAUUUGUACUUCCUAUUUUUCGAAAUUGAAUCCAUUGGAGCAUGGAGAGAUACACAUUUCUCUUGUCAAUGGACGUCCUGGAGUAGAAAAGUCAAGUCAAUCACUUCAUGAAUUUACCAAAACAAGAUUUGUUCGUCUGAGACUUUUAAGCCUAAAAACAUUACAUGCUGAUUUGAUGGUAAUCAACCACCGUGAUAAAACGCUUGACCAUUCAGUCACUCGUCGCUAUUUCUAUACAAUCUCAGAUAUAAGCAUAGGUGGACAAUGUAUUUGUUAUGGACAUGCAGAGAGAUGUACACCAGAUGUUGUACACGGACAAUUUCGUUGUGAAUGUCGUCACAAUACUUGUGGAGAAUCUUGUUCUCAAUGUUGUCCUCUUUUCAAUCAACUGCCCUGGCAGGUUGGGACGCAUGAACACCCAAAUGUAUGUCAAUCUUGUCAAUGUUUCAACCACGCAUCUCAAUGUGUAUAUGACGCAGAGGUAGAACGCCAAAGACUCAGUGUAACCCCUGAAGGAAUUUACGAGGGUGGGGGUAGAUGUUUAGACUGUCAGCACAACACGGAGGGAAUAAAUUGUGAAAAAUGCAAAAAAGAAUAUUUUCGUCCAGCAAAUAUUUCGCAUUAUCGACACGAUGCUUGUAGACCUUGUGAUUGUGAUUUAACUGGAUCUGAAAGUAAUGUUUGUAUUAGUGAUGAAACUGAAGCUUUUAAUGAAAUGAGGCCUGGAGAUUGCCGUUGCAAGCCAGGCUUUGGAGGCCGCCGUUGUGAACUUUGUGCUCUUGGUUUUCGCAAAUAUCCACUUUGUGAACCUUGUAAAUGUCAUCAAUCUGGCUCUUUAAAUUUCGAAACAUGUGAAGAAGAGCAUUGCAUUUGCAAACAAAAUGUGGAGGGAGAACGUUGUGAUCGUUGCCGUCCUGGCACUAUUUAUUUGGAUAAUGAAAAUCCUUUGGGAUGUCAGCCAUGUUUUUGUUUUGGAAAGAGUAGGGAAUGUAGGGAGAAUUUUUGGAAUAUUGGACAGAUUUCACACAAUAACGGCUGGAAUUUAACCGAUCUACUCGGUCAUUCCUCAAUUCCACAACCAGAAACAUUAAUAAACAAUGGAAUAAUUGAUCAACAAUUGAUAUUUAAUAUUGAAGACUUGAGAAAUUCAAAACGCCCCUUGCCUCAAUUUUAUUAUUGGAGUGCUCCUAAAAAUUUUCUUGGAAACCGUUUAAAUUCCUUUGGGUCGAAUUUAUAUUACUUUGUUUAUUAUGUGCCUAGAGAAUUCGAUAGAGGGCAACAAAUACCCGUGGCUGAUGUUGUCAUUGAAAUGCGAGUUCUAUCAGAUAUAAAUUCACUUUUGGUACGUGCCCGUUACCAUCAAGAUCAGCUACAAUCUAGUAUUUAUGGAUUUCGAAUGGAAACAGCUUAUGAACAAAAUAAUUUAGCAAUUAUUAAUUCAAAUAUUUUGCCUAUAUCUUUGGGGAAAAGUACUCGAAAACAUGUUUUGCCUGUUGAAGUUUGUGUUUGCCCUGAACAUUUUGAGGGAAAUAGCUGUGAACGUUGUCAACUUGGUUACAGAAGGGUUAAUAAUCAACUUUUUGAUGGAAUUUGUAAAAAAUGUGAAUGUCAAGGCCAUUCUCAGGAAUGUGAUACUUUUAGUGGGAAAUGCCUUAAUUGCCAACACAACACAACAGGACCUCGUUGUGAACAAUGCCUUCCCGGUUUUUACGGAAAUCCUUCUCUUGGAGGAGUUUUAGGUCAAUGCAAACCUUGUGCCUGUCCAACAGUGGAGAAUCCUAGAUCUAAACAAUGCACUCUAAGUCAAUUAGUACUCGAAGGAGCAGCUGCAGUUAAUCAAGACGAAUAUGUCUGUACUGCUUGUGAAGCUGGUUAUGAUGGAAAUAAAUGUGAAAUUUGUGCUGAUGGCUAUUUUGGUGACCCAUUUGCCUCUGAUCCCCAAAAGUCAUGUCGUCCUUGUGAGUGUAAUGGAAACAUUGAUAAUGCUGCAAUUGGAAAUUGCGAUAGAUCUACAGGAGAAUGUCUUAGAUGUAUAGGUAUUGGAUAA